UCAGUUUUCAUCAUCAUUUCUUUCUCUUCUCAAACAACUAAUUUCAUCAACAACAAAAAUUUACAAAAUCUAACACAGAGAAAAAUGUCAGCAACAGCUACAAAUUCUAACAUCUCAAUGAUGAACAACUCCAACAACAUAGAAGUCGACAAAUUAACGUACAAAAUCUUCUCAAUCCUCGAAAACAACUUCCUCUUCGGCUACGAUAACAACAACAAUAACAUUAAUAACCCAAAACUUUCUCCCCAUUCAUGCAAAGGAAAAAACAACCUUAAUUUCUCCGAAAACAGCAAGAAUGUCGGCGCCGGAAAAAUCAGAAUUCUCUCCAUUGACGCCGGCAACGGCGUCCUCGCAGCAAAAUCUUUAGCCUAUUUGGAAGCAACCCUUCGUCGAAAAAACAGAAAGGAAGAUACCCACAUUGCCAAUUUCUUCGAUGUCGUUGCCGGCUCCGGCGCCGGUGGGUUACUCGCCGGAUUUCUAUUCACACGUGGGAAGGACGGGGUCCCACUUUUCACCGCGGAGGAAGCACUCGAUUUCCUCGUUGAAAAUGGAAGGAGAAUUUCUGGACAUUCGAAAAGUGGAGUUUUCCGGCGAGUUUUCCGGUCACCGGAGAAUGCUAUCGGAAAAGUGCUCGGAGAAUUAACGUUAAAAGAAACUGUAAAAUCAGUUUUGAUCCCAUGCUACGACCUUAACACGAAAUCACCGUUCCUUUUCUCACGCGCUGAUGCGCUUGAAAUGGACGGCUGUGAUUUCAAGUUAGCGGAUGUUCUUGCUGCCACGCUGGCGGAUCAUGCAGUGGAAGUGAAAUCAGUUGAUGGAAUUAGAAAGAUCAGAGCCGUCGGUGGUGGGGUUGCUAUGAAUAAUCCAACGGCUGCUGCUGUAACUCAUGUUCUUAAUAAUAAACAUGAAUUUCCAUUUGCUAAUUCAGUUGAAGAUUUGUUAGUUGUUUCAUUGGGAAAUGGAGAGUAUUCCGGUAACGGAAAGAUGAUGUCAUCGCCGGAGACGUUUGUUAAGAUUGCCGGAGAUGGUGCUGCUGACAUGGUAGAUCAAGCAGUAUCAACGGCAUUUGGAGAAUUUAGGAACAGUAACUAUGUUAGAGUACAAGGAAAUGAAAUUAUUGGGGAAAAAAACCAUAUGAUAAAAAAUGAAAAAAUGAGAAAAUCAUUGGCCAUUGCUGAGGAAAUGCUAAAGGAAAAAAAUGUGGAAUCCAUAUUAUUUCAAGGGAAAAAAUUGGUGGAAAAAACAAAUUUAGACAAAUUGGAAAUAUUUGCAGAUGAAUUAAUCAAAGAAGAAGAAAUGAGGAAAAACAGGAUAUUAUCCCCAGUUGUUUUGAAACAAUCAUCAUCAUCACCUAGAACAUCAUCUGCAACAACUUUAUCGACUAUUUCAUCGUGUUAGUUAAAAAAUAAUAGGAAAGAUCGUAAUCAUCUAUUAGCUCGAUUUUGAUUUAGAUUAGUAAGAUAAGGCAAGAAUCAAGGCCGAGUUAUGAGUUUGAAGCCACUCGUGAUGAAUAAUCUUGAACAUCCGAGUUCGCGCUUAUGUUUUUAGUUUAUUUUUUUGAAAUUUUAGGUUGAUUUUGUAGUAAUAUGUAUAUUUAGAUUAUGUAUCUUGACGAAUGUGUGUAUGUAUUUUGUUGUUAAUUUUAUGAAUAUAUUGCUUGGUAG